AAAACCCCCGAAACAUCACCACCAAACAAGAGAAGUUUGUGAAAUCCCAUAUUCCUGAAGGCACGUCAACUUCAUGGAUUCUAAGAAGUCUAACAAGAUUAGUGACAUUGUUAGGCUUCAACAGAUCCUCAAGAAGUGGAAAAAGCUCGCAAAUGCCCCCAAGAACACCAACAGAAGUGGCAAUAGCAGCACUGUCAACUCCAGUUCAACCACAACCUCCAUGGGUAAUGGCAGCAAAAGCAUCAAGUUUCUAAAGAGAACUCUUUCCUUCUCGGAGGUCUUGGCAUCGUCUAGUGAAGUCGUCCCCAAAGGCUUUCUGGCCGUCUGCGUGGGGAAAGAGCUGAAGAGAUUUGUGAUCCCAACUGAGCAUCUAGGACACCCGGCAUUCGGGAUACUUCUGCAAGAAGCAGAAGAAGAGUUUGGCUUCCAACAGGAAGGAGUUCUCAAGAUCCCAUGUGAAGUCUGUGUUUUUGAGAUGAUCUUGAAGGCUGUCGAGGAAAAAAGAGAAGUCACGUUCUUCUCGCAUGAGUAUGUGGAGAAAGACGCCAUUAGCUGUGCCUCAUCAGAUUGUGAGCUCACACCCUCCCAUCAGCCUCAAAUGUGCAGAUAACUUCUGCUUUCAUGUUUCUCUCUUACUUUCUUCAAUAUGUAUUGUGGUCCUUUGAGUGAUAUUACUUAUGCUUUUAAAGGCAGUGUAGGAGAGGUAAUAGACAGGGCAAGAUAAAAAUAGGAGUGAAUAAGGUAGGCUUUCUUUGAUGGCCAAAAGAGAAAAAAAAAAAAAAAGGCAGACUUGCUUUGGUGAGAAAUAGUUAUUAGUUGGGCGGCUUUGAACCAAGGGUUGCUCUCCUUCAAUUACAUCUACCAUUAAAUGAAGCAGAAAUUGAACUAUUACCACCUUGCAGCUCACUGAUGCUUCUAGCUAAUCUAUGCUCUUUCCGUUCUUAUGCCAUUACCUGCAAUCUGAAAUUAAGAUCAACUCCAGUAGUCAUCCUACG